GGCGGUAAAUCACAAAAUAUCAUUGUUAUUGCUGUGGCUCUCGUUGUCAGCUUAGCCCUGUUGGUGAUCAUUGCUGCGGUGCUAUACUGCUUAAUGCGAAGAAAGAAGAAACAGAAAAAGAACAGCAAUACUCAAUAUGUUCGUGGGCUCGAGGACUUGAUUGAAAUGAGGACUCGCACACACAGCGGAGGAGCUGAGUCCAGAGGGAACAGAGAUCUGUUGGAGCUCGGAUCUUUCACGAGCUGUGCUGUUGAUUACACUGAUGAAUGGGAGAUUCCACGUGAUCGUCUCAUGACUGGCCAGAAAAUAGGCGAGGGACAAUUUGGUAUGGUACUAGAGGGUACCCUAAUGACAGAUGAUGGGCCAAUCAAGGUCGCCGUGAAGACGAUCAAAGAGCAUGCAGAUCGUUUCGAUUACAAGGAUCUGCUUCAAGAGAUGGAGAUGAUGAAAGAAAUUGGUCAACAUCCGCAUGUCGUUAGCCUAAUGGGCACGUGCACCACACCAGGACCGCUUUACAUCAUUACCGAAUACGUGUCAGGUGGUAAUUUACUAGACUAUCUGCGGGCCAGCCGCCCAGAUGAUGAAACCUACGUCAACAUCAUCUCCACGCUGAGUUCACGUGAUCUACUCAAGAUCGCGCUGGACUGCGCUCGUGGGAUGCACCACAUUGCUGAAAAGAAGUUCGUCCAUCGUGAUCUUGCUGCUAGGAAUAUUCUUCUAACGGAAGAAUACGAGGCUAAAGUGGCGGAUUUUGGGUUGGCGCGAGAUAUUUAUGGGGAUGGACAAUAUGUGAAGAGUGGUGGGGGACGGGUUCCCAUCAAGUGGAUGGCCCCAGAGUCUAUUCAAGAUCAGAUCUACACCACCAACUCGGAUGUGUGGUCAUUUGGAGUCCUCUUAUGGGAGAUUAUCACCAUCGGGGGAUCCCCGUAUCCCUGUGUUCCCGUUAAUCUCCUCCUUACGAAACUCCUCUGUGGAUAUCGUAUGUCUAAACCAGCACACUGCUCCGACGAGCUCUAUGAUUUAAUGAAGACCUGCUGGCAGGUGGAUGCGAAAGAAAGACCGACUUUCUCUGAAAUUUGCUGCACCUUGUCGGAGAUGCUGUCGGAAUCGGCGCGUUCUUACGUCAACAUUACUCUAAGCGAGGAGCGAGUAGGGCCUGAGGAAGAGCUGCUUGAUGACGCGCAUGAGCAGACAACCCCUGUUUGACCUUGUAAUCUGUUGUUAAUAACGCUUGGCGAUGAUUCAUGUUUAUUACACGAGGUGUGGCACUAAGCCACGAGAGAAUAAGGCUGUAAUAGGGCGAGCAAUGAUCUAUGUUCAGAUAUAAUGUAGAUAGUAUUUGUUUUUAAAAAAACACGUAUUUUGCUUUGUUUCGUAGUGUUGUAAUUAGUACAUAUACGGUUACGUUUGCUUACCUAUAUAACUUUUGCUAAGAAAUGUGCCAAUUUUGUACCAUAGUUAAGUAUUGAACAGUUUUAGAAUGUAAAUGAAUAAUUUAUAAUAAGGCUCAUAAUUUGAUUUUUAAAUGAACCAAACAAUGGUAGGUUAAUUAAUCAGAGUGGUUCUUUUUCUUUUGAAUUAGCAUGUACAAAUAUCUAACUGGAGUCCUGAGAAGAUAAUAAAACGACAGACUACAUUGGCAUGUGACGCCGGAUCUUUUCUACAACAGACCUCCGCUUGCCUUGUUCUUAUUUUAUGGUUUCAUUUUUAAUUCAUUAUUAUUUCAGGCAAUAAAAUUAGCCACAAGAAUGAGAACCAGAGACGUCUGAAGUAUUUAUUCUCCACUCGUUUUCCCUCUAACGCCUUCCUGUAACGAAUGCCUAGCUGUUUUAUCGUUCACUAUUAAAGAUAUCCGAGAUUA